CUGCCAGGACGUGAUCAUCCAAUGCACAAUAAGUUUGACGACGCUUAGCCGGAAGGAGUGCUGCCAGAGGUUCACCAAGAUGCCCACGAUGUCUGGCCUGUGCUUGGCUUUCUUCACGACGCCCAACGACAUGCAGAUCCUCGAGGGCGAGGUCAUGGGACUCUCUUUCUACGUCAGGGUUCCUCAGGAUGACGACCCAGCGCUGGACCCGCAGAUCAUCAACCCGCGGUACAUGAUACGGUCAGGCCUGUACGUGACGGUGAUGAGCCCGUCCGUGCACCCGACCGCCCUCGUCACCAGCGAAGGCACGCACCUCAAGCCCCACACCAUCUCCUCCAUUCGCGUCAUCGCCACGAGGAAGAACACGGAGUCCAUGAGGAUGAUCCAAGCCGACUGGGACGAGAAGGUGUGCGUGGACGGAUCUCAGCUCGAUUACGUGACGCGGCCCGAAGACUUUUACAACACGAAAUUAAACUGUAAGAUUGCCAACGCUCGCAACAUCUUCCUCAAAGACUGCAACUGUUCCAUGUACGGCUUCAGCCAUUACAACGACUCCCAAGAAACGUGUACGAUAAGCGAAGGUAGCCACUGUUACAGUGGUGUGGAGUCGAUACUACGAGGUAACGUCAGUGAUGAAACCGAAAGCCAAGAUUGCCCGUAUGUGUGUCAGGAGGACAGCUAUGUAACAUACAGUUCCAACGACGAAUUCCAUAUGUUUCCUGCACUGCAACAGGUCUUGCAAUUCUCGAAUGAGCCUUUGGGAGACGCCGAUUUGGCUGUGGUGACUAUUCAGCAUGCGAGAAUGCAGUACAACGAACUCCUCGUGUGGACAGAGAAUGGUCUCGACCUCCUGGGGAAGAUUGGAGGAACCAUGGGACUCUACCUGGGCUGCAGCAUCAUCUCUCUCACCGAGCUGCUCGUUGUCAUCUGCUGGUGCAUCUGCUGCUGCCCGUGCAAGCGCUCGCCGCAGCCGCAAGUUGUCCGACCUGUCACUUCUUAAAGAGCAGUUCGCCUUUUCUUCACUUAUGGGAGGGGAGAGAUUGCUCGCACUGCUGGAUUUCAUUGGGAAGCUCCUCUUCUACACCACUACAGUGAAAGAACCGCUCUUUUUCAGAUUGUAAUAAGAUUCGAACCUCAGCGCCUCUAGAGUUAGGUUGCAAGAUGUGGUUCUAGGGUUGUUGAGAAUCAUUAAGUAGCAUAGGGCAUGAAUAAAAAAGUCUGCAAUAUGUAUUAGUACUUUAAAAAGGUAAAUGAUUGACUGGGGAAUCAAAUUAUUAUUAUUAUUUUUUCAAGUGAGAAGUUAUGAAUAUGGACAAAGCCAAAGCUCAUGUCUCAAUUCACAAAGCCACAUGAAGCUUACAGUGGAUGUCUUUGUCUCCAACUGUUUGCAAACCUCACAUCCUCUCCUCUGAGGCGCUUGUAUGGUAUGCUGCACAUGAUUUUGUGAAAUACUGACCUCACGCAUGGCAGUUGCUUUUCUAAACUCAAGAUUCAUUUACCGUCUCUUGUCUGUGAUAUGCGGGAUUCAUCAUAUUCAAAUAAAGUAAGAUAAUCAUAUACAAAGAUAUCAAACUUUGGUUUAAUCUUAAGUAAAGCGUAGGGCACCUUUAUGUACGAUGCACUCAAAAAAGCACCGUAUUUUUUGCAAAUAAUGUGUGAGUUUGAAGAACACUAGAAUUUCAGUGCAGAUCAAUCUUGCAGACUUCUAUUGGCAUUUGUGAAGGAAACGAUCAUGUUACUGUACCGGCUAAUUAUGCAUGCGGCAGAUGCAGGAGUUUUAUCAUUAAAUAUUUGUUUAUUCUCCUGUAUUUUGAAGGACUUCGCAGAA